GUCCACAGGGAAACAAACCGCCGAGGUUUCAGAUGGCACUGAGACCCGUACUGAAGUUUCUCUGAGCUGACUUUUACGAAGCGACUCGGUCUUAAUGUAUGUUCAGACUUUUUAAAUAAGUUUUUAGUAGUUUUUUUUUACUUGCUCGAAAGCUAAAAGCUUAAAACGCGUAUUGUUCCAUGUGGGCCGUGAACGCAGCGCGACCUCAGGCAACUUGACGUCGUAUCUGCUCAUUUGAGGACCGACUGUGGAAAUCAUCAACCAUGUCCCAGACUGUCCCUCCAAUUCUCUCCGUUCACCCCACCCGGGCUCUGGUGGAUGAGACGUUCAAGGUGCUGGUGGAGAAUCUACCUCCAGCAUCUCCAGUAACAAUCCGCUCCCUGCACCACUCUGAGGACCAGGACUACUGGGAGGCCUACGGGCACUACAUCAGUGAUCACAGAGGAACAGUGUCUGUUUCAGAGGAUUUGAGUUUCGGGGGCACGUACACAGGAAAAGAGCCCAUGGGUUUGCUGUGGAGCAUGCGUCCCGUCCCAGGCAGCCGCAGAGGCCUCAGGUUAAGAAAGAUGAACGUCUGCACGCCCAUGCUCGUCGACAUCUCGGUCUACAGCGGACACGAGGGCUUCGGGGAUCGGGCUCCUCUGGCCUUGGCGCUCACAGAGAGAUGGUACAUGGCUCCGGGGGUCAAGAGGAUUGAAAUCAGAGAGAAGGGAGUGCGCGGGACCCUGUUUAUACCUCCAGGUCCAGGACCCUUCCCCGGCCUGUUGGACAUGUGGGGAGGGGGUGGGGGUCUGCUGGAGUAUCGCUCUGCCUUGCUGGCGUCUCGGAGUUACGCCGCUCUGGCGCUGGAGUAUUUCUCUGCUGGUGAGCUGGUGUCGGCAGAGCUACAGUUAAAAUACUUUGAGACGGCGUUUAACAUCCUCAGGGAUCAUCCUCAAGUGAUGCCAGAUAGAGUUGGACUUUUUGGUCUUUCCUUGGGCUCGCUGGUGUCCCUGUACUUGGCGACUGCGAGCACUGCUAUCAAACCUCGUUGUUGUGUUUGCAUCAGUGGCAACCACUCGUACCCACGUGGGAAGCCCCUCAGUGGAAUCUACGAGGAGCUGAGCAGGAAUUCUCACAAGGUGCGUGUGGAUGAGAACAACCAUGUGAUAUGGCGAGAUAUGGGUCUGGCAAUUAUGAGUAACCCCUUAAAUAACAUGGACAUGGGGAAAAUAAACUGUCCAUUGUUGCUGGUCAACGGUCUUGAUGAUCAGAACUGGCCUGCGGUGGAGUCGGCUGAGGACAUUGCUCAGCUGAUGCGUGCCGCAGGUAAGGAACACCUGCUGACCAGACUGACGUACCCUGAUGCUGGACACCUGAUCGAGCCGCCCUUCUCACCUCACUUCAGAGCGACUAACUUUAUAGAAAGUGUCCGAAAACAAAAAGUGGUAAUGCUUUGGGGAGGACAAACCAAACCUCACUCGGACGCUCAGGAAGACUCCUGGAGGCAGAUUCAGAGUUUUCUGCAGCUGCACAUGUACAACAGCCCGACUCCCAGGGCCAAGUUGUGAAUGACUUCAUGAGCACAGACUGCUGGGACACGCAGCGCUGUGUGACGAGGUCAUGACAAACUACCUCAACCUCACUACACAGUAUACAUACUGUGUAAACAUAUAUGCCUGUUUUGACAGUGUGCAUUUGUUCUGAUGACUAGAAUUCACUAAACAAAUCAUGUCUUUGUUAUUGUCAAAUUGUGCCUCUAUAUAUGUUAAUGUAAGUUGUUGAUGUCUAGAGAACAUAUCAGAAUAUAUUGGAUGUUAACACCUCUUGUUAAGCUCUUUUUCUGGUUAUAACAAGAUAUUUAAUAGAAGAAAAAUACUUUGACAUGUUAUUUUUAUUACUAGAUAACAAAUUAUUAUUUUUUAAUUACAAGGUGUUCAUGUUGUGAUUAUUCUCUCGUGGAUAAUAAGGAAAAAUAUUUUGUAAAAGUAAGAAGUUUCAUGAAAGAAACACAUUAAGUUUUUGUCACGGUGGCAACAAUAAAUUUGUUUUC